GUUGUAGUUGAAGCAGUGGCAAGCAUUCCGUGUGAUGGGCGGCGGGUAAGCGGGGUUCUCACGCCCCGCAUCUGGGACUGUGGACGGGAUUCUGGGUUCGAGGGGCCCAGGGCACCGGCUGCACCCCGUCCUACCUCCAGGUGACUACAGGUGACCCCCACAAGACGACACGACGCCGCCCCCGCGCACCGCCAAGAUGAACCGGGCCAAGCCCCCCGCCGUGCGCAGGCCCAGCGCUGCGGCCAAGCCCUCAGGGCACCCUCCCCCGGGGGACUUCAUCGCCCUGGGCUCCAAGGGCCAGGCUGGCGAUGCCAAGGCCAGCUCCAGCCUGCUAAAGCCCGCACCCUCCGGCCUGCCCUCUGAGCGCAAGCGCGAUGCUGCGGCUGCUCUGGCCGGUGCCUCGGCCCUCACCAGCCUCACCAAGCGCCCCAAGCUCUCGUCCACGCCUCCCUUGAGUGCCCUGGGACGCCUGGCCGAGGCUGCUGUGGCCGAGAAGCGCGCCAUCUCUCCCUCCAUCAAGGAGCCCUCUGUGGUCCCCAUCGAAGUGCCACCCCCGGUGCUGCUAGAUGAGAUCGAGGCGGCCGAGUUGGAGGGCAACGACGACAGGCUCGAAGGGGUGCUUUGUGGGGCUGUGAAGCAGCUGAAGGUGACACGGGCCAAGCCUGACAGCACCCUGUAUCUGAGCCUCAUGUACUUGGCUAAGAUUAAGCCUAACAUCUUCGCCACUGAGGGCGUCAUCGAGGCUCUGUGCAGCCUCCUGCGGCGUGAUGCUUCUAUCAACUUCAAAGCCAAGGGCAAUAGCCUGGUGUCUGUGCUGGCCUGCAACCUCCUCAUGGCCGCCUACGAAGAGGACGAGAACUGGCCUGAGAUCUUUGUCAAGGUGUACAUCGAGGACUCACUGGGGGAGCGGAUCUGGGUGGACAGCCCUCACUGCAAGACCUUUGUGGACAAUAUCCAGACGGCUUUCAACACCAAGACGCCGCCCAAGAGCAUGCUGCUGCAGGGGGAGGCAGGGCGUGGCGGGGGCGAUCUGAGUGCUGGGAACAGCCCGCACCCCUCCCUCACCGAGGAGGAGGACAGCCAGACGGAACUGCUGAUCGCUGAGGAGAAGCCCAGUCCUGAGCAGGAGGGCCAGCUCAUGCCCAGGUAUGAUGAGCUGACGGAGAGCGUGGAGGAGUAUGUGCUGGAUGUGCUCCGGGACCAGCUCAACCGGCGCCAGCCCAUCGACAAUGUGUCGAGGAACCUGCUGCGGCUGCUCACGUCCACUUGCGGGUACAAGGAGGUGCGCCUCAUGGCGGUGCAGAAGCUGGAGAUGUGGCUGCAGAACCCCAAGCUGACCAGGCCGGCCCAGGACCUGCUCAUGUCCGUGUGUGUGAACUGCACCGCCCAUGGCCCCGAGGACAUGGACGUCAUCUCCCAUCUCAUCAAGAUUCGCCUCAAGCCCAAAGUGCUGCUCAACCACUACAUGCUGUGUGUCAGGGAGCUGCUGACAGCCCACAAGGACAACCUGGGCACCACUAUCAAGUUCGUCAUCUUCAACGAGCUCUCCAACGCCCGGAACCCCAACAACAUGCAGAUCCUAUACACAGUGCUGCAGCACAGCGCAGAGCUCGCCCCUAAGUUCCUGGCCAUGGUCUUCCAGGACUUGCUGACCAACAAGGACGACUAUCUGCGGGCCUCGAGGGCUCUGCUGCGCGAGAUCAUUAAGCAGACCAAGCACGAGAUCAACUUCCAGGCUUUCUGCCUGGGGCUGAUGCAGGAGCGCCGCGAGCCACAGUACCUGGACAUGGAGUUCAAGGAGCGGUUUGUGGUUCACGUCACUGACGUGCUGGCUGUGUCCAUGAUGCUGGGCAUUACAGCACAGGUGAAGGAGGCUGGCGUUGCCUGGGACAAAGGGGAAAAGAAGAAUCUCGAGGUGCUGCGCUCCUUCCAGAACCAGAUCGCUGCCAUCCAGCGGGAUGCUGUGUGGUGGCUGCACACCGUGGUCCCCUCCAUCAGCAAGCUCGCCCCCAAGGACUAUGUGCACUGCCUCCACAAGGUGCUCUUCACGGAGCAGCCUGAGACCUACUACAAGUGGGACAACUGGCCGCCUGAGAGUGACCGCAACUUCUUCCUGCGCCUCUGCUCAGAGGUGCCCAUCCUGGAGGACACGCUCAUGCGCAUCCUGGUCAUCGGGCUGUCCCGUGAACUCCCGCUCGGCCCCGCUGACGCCAUGGAGCUGGCCGACCACCUGGUGAAACGAGCCGCCGCCGUGCAGGCAGAUGACCUAGACGUGUUGAAAGUGGAGAGGAUCCAGCUCAUUGAUGCUGUGCUGAAUCUGUGCACCUACCACCACCCUGAAAACAUCCAGCUGCCCCCGGGGUACCAGCCCCCCAACCUCGCCAUCUCCACCCUGUAUUGGAAGGCAUGGCCCCUGCUGCUGGUGGUCGCCGCCUUCAAUCCCGAGAACAUCGGUUUGGCCGCCUGGGAGGAGUACCCCACACUGAAGAUGCUCAUGGAGAUGGUGAUGACCAACAACUACUCCUACCCACCCUGCACGUUGACGGACGAGGAGACGCGCACGGAGAUGGUCAGCCGGGAGCUGCAGACAGCGCAGCGUGAGAAGCAGGAGAUCCUGGCCUUCGAGGGCCACCUGGCCGCUGCCUCCACCAAGCAGACAAUCACCGAGAGCAGCAGCCUCCUGCUGUCCCAGCUCACCAGCCUGGACCCCCAAGGCCCUCCCCGGCGGCCACCCCCCCACAUCCUGGACCAGGUGAAAGGCCUCAACCAGUCACUGCGCCUGGGCCACCUGCUGUGCCGCAGCCGCAACCCUGACUUCCUCCUCAAUGUCAUCCAGAGGCAGGCAUCCUCGCAGUCCAUGCCCUGGCUGGCCGACCUGGUACAGUCCAGCGAGGGCUCCUUGGAUGUGCUGCCCGUGCAGUGCCUGUGCGAGUUCCUGCUGCAUGACGCUGCUGAUGGCGGUGCCUCAGGGGAGGAGGAGGAGGAAGGCGAGAGCAAGGAGCGCAAGGCCAGGAAGCGUCAGAGGCAGCAGAAGCAGCGGCAGCUCCUGGGCCGCCUGCAGGACCUGCUGUUGGGCCCCAAGGCCGAUGGGCAGACCACAUGUGAGGUGCUGGACUACUUCCUGCGGCGCCUGGGCUCCCCCCAGGUGGCCUCCAGGGUGCUGGCCACCAAGGGCCUGUCCCUGGUGCUGUCUGAGCGUGGCCUGCGGGAUGGAGAGGAGAAGGAGCCCCCUGAGGAGGAGGAGGGGGCCCCAAGUGGCCUGCAGGGCUACCAGUGGCUACUGUGCCGCCUGCCCCGCCUACCCCUGUUCAGCAGCGUGCGUGGCUCCACAGCCCUGGCACUGCAGCAGGCCAUCCAUGUGGAAACGGACCCGCAGACUAUCAGCGCCUAUCUGGUGUACCUGUCCCAGCACUCACCCGUGGAGGAGCAGAGCCAGCACAGCGACCUGGCCCUGGAUGUGGCCCGGCUUAUCGUGGAGCGCUCCACCAUCAUGGCGCACCUCUUCUCCAAGCGCACCUGCAGCUCCACGGCCGACACUGUGCUGGCUGCUCUGCUGUCCAUCUUCUCACGCCACGUCCAACGCAUGCGCAAGAGCAAGGAUGGCGAGGAGGUCUACAGCUGGUCGGAGUCUCAGGACCAGGUGUUCCUGCGCUGGAGCAGUGGGGAGACAGCCACCAUGCACAUCCUGGUGGUGCAUGCCAUGGUCAUCCUGCUGACGCUGGGGCCGCCACGAGAGGCUGGGGACAGUGAGUUCCGUGCCCUCUUGGACAUCUGGUUCCCUGAGAAGAAACCCCUGCCCACGGCCUUCCUGGUGGACACCUCAGAAGAGGCGCUGCUGCUGCCUGACUGGCUGAAGCUGCGCAUGAUCCGCUCUGAGGUCCCGCGCCUGGUGGACGCCGCCCUGCAGGACCUGGAGCCGCAACAGCUGCUGCUAUUCGUGCAGUCCUUUGGCAUCCCGGUGUCUAGCAUGAGCAAGCUUUUGCAGUACCUGGACCAGGCCGUGGCCCAGGACCCCCAAACGCUAGAGCAGAACAUCAUGGACAAGAACUAUAUGGCCCACCUGGUGGAGGUGCAGCACGAGAGGGGUGCAUCCGGGGGCCAGACCUUCCACUCGCUGCUUACGGCCUCCCUGCCGCCCCGCCGUGACAGCACAGAGGCACCGAAGCCCAAAAGCAGCCCUGACCCGCCAGCUGGCUCUGGGAGAGUCCGCACUGGCACCCAGGUGCGGGUGCUGGACUCCGAGGAUGACCUGGCUGGCCUGUUGCUGCAGGUCUUCCCCCUGAAUCCCGGGCCGCGUUGGCAGAGCUCCAGUGUGCGGCCCGUGGCCCUGGCACUGCAGCAGGCCCUGGGCCAGGAGCUGGGCCGCCUACACCGGGGGAGCCCUGAGACCGCAGGUGUGGCCAUGCGCCUCCUGCAGGCCCUAGCCGGCCUGCUCAGCUCUCCGCACGGUGGCCCCCUGGCUGUGGCCAUGCACCACAACCACUUCCUGGCCUGCCCGCUGCUGCGCCUGCUCCACCGGUACCAGCGCCUGGUACCCCAGGAUGGCGCCUUCUCCUCGCUGCUCUUCAAAGUGCUCCUGCAGCUGCAGCGGCUGGAUGGUGGCGGUGGGGAGUCUGGGCCCCUGCAGGCCCAACUCAAGCUGCUGACUACCCAGCUGUCCGCUGUGCGCAGGAUCAGUGAUGUGCGCAGUGGCUUCCUGCACCUGGCUGAGGCCCUGACCUUCCGCGGGGACCCAGAGGCGGUCAGCUCCACCGUGCGUGCCAUUGUGGCCGCCCUGAGGGCCGGGGAGGCAUGUAGUGUGGAGCCCGAGCUCGUCGGCAAAGUGCUCCGGGGCCUAGUGGAGGCACGCUCACCUCUGCUGGAGGAGCUGUUGGCUGUGCUUUUCGGGGCUGGCGUCACCCCCACCUGCAGGCCUGUCGCUGUGGUGAGCUCAGUGUUGCUGCAGGAGGCCCCAGGCUCCGGGGAGCAGGAGACCACAGAUGCUGGCAGCUUGGGACCCUGCUCCGGGCUGCUUGUCGACUGGUUGGAGAUGCUGGACCCUGAGGUGGUGGGUGGCUGCCCUGACCUGCAGCAGAGGCUCCUGUUCUCCCGUGCCAAGGUGGGACAGGGCAAAGGUUACUCUGGGCCACAGGUGCCGUCCUUCCGACCCUACCUCCUGGCACUCCUCACACACCAGUCCAGCUGGCCCACUCUCCACCAAUGCAUCCGCCUGCUGCUGGGUGGGGGCCGUGAGCAGAGGGCCGACCCUUCUGCCUCCCUGGACUUCCUCUGGGCCUGCAUCCACGUGCCUCGCAUCUGGCAGGGGAGGGACCAGCGCACCCCACAGAAGCGGCGGGAGGAGCCGGUGCUGCGCGUACAGGCCCCAGAGCUCAUCGGCUUGGUGGAGCUGAUGCUGGCAGAGGCGGAGGCCCGGGCCCGGGAUCUGGCCCCCUCGGGCAGCCCCCUGCAGGCCCGGCUGCCUCUGCUGCUCAGCUGUUGUCAUGGGGACGAGGGGGCCCUGGCUCAGGUGACGACACACCUGCUGAGCAGCAUCCAGCAACGUGGGGACAGCGUGUCAGGCAGACACUGCCGAGAUCUGCUCCUGCAGCUGUACCUGCAGAGGCCUGAGCUCCGUGGGCCCCCCAGCCUUCUGUCCAGCGAGGGCGCCUCUGCUGGCAGCCUGUGCAAGCUGGACGGCCUCAUCCACCGCUUCAUCACGGUCCUGGCUGACACCAGCGAUUCCCACGCAGCCGAGAGCCGCUUGGCGGAUGCCAAUAUGGCAUGCCGCAAGCUGGCUGUGGCCCACCCCAUCCUGCUGCUCAGGCACCUGCCCAUGAUGGCAGCACUGCUGCACGGCCGCACGCACCUCAACUUCCAGGAGUUCCGGCAGCAGAACCACCUGAGCUGCUUCCUGCACGUGCUGGGCAUCCUGGAGCUGCUGCAGCCGCACGUGUUCCGCACCGAGCACCAGGGGGCGCUGUGGGACUGCCUGCGCUCCUUCCUUCACCUGCUGCUGAACUACAGGAAGUCCUCGCGCGCACUGGCGGCCUUCAUCAGCAAGUUCGUGCAGUUCACCCACGCCUACGUCACCUGCAACGCCCCGGCAGCUGUGGCCUUCCUGCAGAAGCACUCAGACGCGCUGCAUGACCUGUCCUUCGACAGCAGCGACCUGGUCAUGCUCAAGUCUCUCCUUGCGGGCCUGAGCCUGCCCAGCAGGGAUGGCCCGGCUGACCACGGUCCUGACCAGGAGCGCGAAGACGAGCCCGCAGCCAACACCCUGCCCCUGGUCAGCGUGUCACUCUUCACUCCGCUGAGCGCAGCCGAGAUGGCGCCCUACAUGAAGAGACUGUCCCGUGGCCAGACCGUCGAGGACCUGCUGGAGGUCCUGAGCGACAUAGACGAGAUGUCCCGGCGCAGACCCGAGAUCCUGGCCUUCUUCUCGACCCACCUGCAGCGCCUCAUGAGUUCUGCUGAGGAGGCUUGCCGCAGCCUGGCCUUCAGCCUGGCCCUGCGCUCCAUCCAGAACAAUCCCAGCAUCGCCGCCGACUUCCUGCCCACUUUCAUGUGCUGCUUGGGCAGCCGGGACUUUGAGGUAGUGCAGACUGCCUUGCGGAACCUGCCAGAGUACACCCUCCUGUGCCAAGAGCACGCAGCCGCACUGCUGCACCGCGCCUUCCUGGUGGGUGUGUACGGCCAGCUGGACGCCAGCUCCCACAUCUCCGAGGCCCUGCGCGCGCUGCACGUGGAGACCGUCAUGUGACGCCAGGGACGUUGGGAUCGCAGCACUGCCUGGGUCUGCCUGUGCCAGACACAGCCUGGGGGUGGGUGUCUUCAAUGAAACAUGAAUCCUGA